AUGAGUCGAUCGUCGGUGCAUCAAAAGGCAGAGUCUGCCAUGUCGCCGCCUCAGCUCCGGAGGGUCCGUAAGGGGACUCGCAGCUGUUGGGAAUGCAAACGUCGCAAGAUUAGGUGCUCGUUCCAGCCUGGAAACCCGGCGACCUGCAUAUGGUGCAUCUCCCACAACCUAGUCUGUGUCAGCCAGCGAUUCCGAGAUGAGGCGAGCGAUGCCUCGCGCAACCAGAGCAUGGAGGAGAGGAUGAUGCGGAUGGAGAACCUGCUGGGGCGGGUUCUCCAACAGAUGGAGGCCGCGAGCACGCAUCCUCCUCAUCCUGCGAAGGAGUCUCCCAGACGCCCAGAGACCGCCGAGGACGGCACCGGCAUCGAUGUCGUCAACACGGAUUCCACCAUUUCAAAUCCUUCUUCAACCUCGGCCUUCAUGUCAGAGAUUGGAGGAGAGGUCUCUUCAACGCCUACUUCACCCACAGCACCAGAUAUCAACCAAUCUAUCAUCCGCAGCGAUACAACCAUGUGGCCGAAACUAACAAGAGUCUCCCGCCUUUUGCUGGAGAUGAUGCCGUCUCGUGGCACAGUAGAGCUCCUCGAUAGCCAAAGCUCGCCUUGGAUCUGUCAACUCCUUCGGCCCCUUCCAUCACUCAGACACGUGAACAAGUUCUCGCUGCUAAAGAUGAUGCCGCUCGAAUCAUCAACUCCGAGCCAUCCCACGCUCAUUGCGAGGGCUCUCAUGUGCAUCGUGAUAUGUUUACAGCAGCUUCCCCAAAACGUCGACACCUCGCAGCUUCGGUUGCCAUCUCCGCGAAACGAAUACAUGCAGUCCCUUACUUCGGUAAUCAUCUCUCUCGUUACCUCCGAUGACGAAAUUAUUGCCACGCAAGAAGGCCUCGAGUGCCUCCUGCUUCUCUCCAUCUACUUUGUCAACUCGGGCAGACCUCGACGGGCGUGGCUCAACAACCGAAGGGCAAUGGCGAUUGCGCAGUUGAUGGAUUUGCACAGGCCACGCGACAACGACGACCUUGACGGAGGCGCAAGCAUCGCUGAAUCCAACAUGGCCGACCUGUGGCCUCACAUAAUCCACCAUGACCGUCAUCUAUCCCAGAUCCUAGGGUUUCCUUCCGGAGUAGCGGAUACAUACGAGCCCUUUGUUCCGAGCAAUCUCAAGCUCAUGCAGCACCUGGACGAGAGGAAACAAGACGCCAUCUAUCUCGCACAUCUCGACCGCAUCGCCGGACUUUUGAUCGAGAGGGAACAGCGCGCUUCGACUGCAGGUACGGCCAUUACCCAGACCAUUGACAAUGCGCUUGUGAAUCUGGCCACGUCGAUGCCCUCAUCCUGGUGGCAUCCCUUCGACAGGCUCUCGGGCACACAAGAGGAGGCCAUGGACAUGCUCUACGGCCGCUACAACAUCCAGCUAUGGCAUCACCAGCUCGAAAUGUCCAACCACUUACCGUUUAUGCUCGACGCAGCCGAGGAGCGACUGAGCGAAUACAGCCGGAUUGCCUGUCUCAAGGCCGCGCGCCAGCUCAUCAAGGUGUAUCUCCCGCUCCGCACGACCUUUGGCAUGUUCUCGUGCUGCAUGACCAACUUCCAGGCGUUUACCGCGGCCGUAAUCCUCAUCUUCAACAUGUUUCUCCGGACGCCCGCUGCCGAGCUCGAGGUCCUGUCGGGCCGGAGGGAGAGAGACUGGGGUCUCAUAGCGGAUGUCAUCGGCGCCCUCGAUGCCGCGGUCGAGCGGUUCGAGGACAGAGUCGCUCUGCAGGCGCGGGACGUGUUGCGGCUGCUUCAGGCAAUCGAGAAGGAUCCCAAGACGCUGCAGGGCGACAAGUUCCACUUUACGAUUCCUUACUUUGGCAUCAUUUCCAUUGCUCGGAAGACGGCACAGGACGGGGGUAACGACAGUCCCGGCGGAGACAACGACCAGCAGAUGCCCGACGACAACGGCGAGAACGAGAAUACGUGUGGCCACCAGCUGGCUUCUACAGGGGCGGAGCUGUACCUUGACUAUUCAGCCACAUUCAUGACGACCAUCGACUUCAUGGGACCCAGCACGGCGGCGGAUGUCGACGAGCUGACGCAGCAGUGGCUGGUGGAAGACGUCUGA